AUGGGCGAGCUCCCGUUCUUCAGGGCGCACGCGGCCUUGCACCCGGACCACCUGUGGAUCUGGGAGACGUCCGUGUACGUGGACGAGAACCAGCGCACCUGGCUGCCCGUAACCAUCGAGACGGAGAGCAGCCUCCAGGUACUCAUGCGUCAGGAAGAUGUCCCCCUAGGGGAGGCCAGGUGCCCCAGCCUGCUAGCCCCAUGCCUGCUGCCUUCCAUGUGGCAGCUCUACCCUGGAAGAAGAUACCGAGGCUCAGACUCCAGCUUCUGGCGCAUAGUGUACCACAUUGAGCUCAGUGGCAUGGAGGACAUGCUCCUGGAGCAGCUGCCAGACCUGGAGGAUGAGUGA